AUGAUCAUAGGUUGCGGUAAAGUAAUGAACACAAUGUCUGUCAAUAUAGCACUGAUAUGUGUAGUGUUGGCCAUCUGUCCGCUGGUAUCUCAUGCGGGCAUUUAUAGCUGCUAUUCGGGCACAAUUCCCGGCUGCACGUGCACAGCCGCUUGGAAUUUAGCCGAUUUCAACUACAAAGUGGUGGUGUCGUGUACGGGUGCUGUGGGCUCCGCCACUGACUUUGGCGACAAUCUCAAGAUACGUACCAAAGGCUAUCAAUUUGACGAUUUUAUAAUCAGCGCUUAUCCUAACACUCGGCUCCCGGACUCGCCCUUUGAUACGUCCACUUCUAUCAAACGUAUAAUCAUUAAAGACUCGCCCAAAUUGGAGGGCUUUGGACCUAAGGGUAAGCCCGACGCCGGACUGUUCAAGAAUCUGGGCCCCAGUCUGGAGACACUCGUGUUGUCCAACAACCCGGCCAUCCGUAUGGAUGAGUGGGAGACUAUCGCUAAACAGCUUAAGGGAGCGGCUGACCCUGAUCCAAAACCAGACCCUGAUGCUUUUGCCGACGGAGAUGCGGUGCUCAAGACACUGGCCAUACACAAGAGUCCAGAGUUUGAUGAUCUAGAUACAAUUAAGGAUUUGGCCCCCACUCUACAGACACUGGUACUUCGUGCCACUGGUUUUACUAACUUCAAUUAUGACCUAGCUGCGUACGCGGCUUUGAAUGUGUUAGAUUUGUCCGAAAAUCCAGCGCUUAAAAAGUUUGUAUUGAAAGCAAAGCCCGCAAAAUUGAGCAGCAUUUUCAUUAAUGGUGGUGGUCUCGAUGUGUUGACCGUGGCCACUUUGACCGAAUUGGUCAAGGCUGAUUUUGUUGAUUUAGGCAAAAACAAGCUAAACUGCGAGUGUUCAAACUUGCCUGCUGACUUUAUAAACGAGGACAAUGAGAAAAAGUUUCUGGGCUCUACAUGUGCCGCACCCGCCGCUGUCAACAAUGCUAAAUUUGGCAGCACUUGUAUUAACGCAAACUUUUUGCUUUUUGGUAAAUCGUCUCGUGUAUACGCCAAACAGCAAUAG